CCGCGCCCGGCUCCCCACUGUGCCACCCAGAGGCCUGCUGAGUCCCGGGUCCUGCAGCCCCGACGCCCACCAUGGACAUCGCCAUCCAGCACCCCUGGUUCAGGCGCGCCCUGGGCCCCUUCCACCCAAGCCGGCUCUUCGACCAGUUUUUCGGCGAUGGCCUCUUCGAGUGCGACCUGCUGCCCUUCCUGUCCUCCACCGUCAGCCCCUACUACCGCCAGUCCCUGUUCCGCACCGUGCUGGACUCUGGCAUCUCUGAGCUCAUGACCCAUAUGUGGUUUGUAAUGCACCAACCACAGGCUGGAAACCCCAAGAGCAACCCCACCAAGGUCCGAUCCGACCGGGACAAGUUUGCCAUCUUCCUGGACGUGAAGCACUUCUCCCCGGAGGACCUCACCGUGAAGGUGCAGGAGGACUUCGUGGAGAUCCACGGCAAGCACAGCGAGAGGCAGCACGGAUCUGUGACCCUGCUGGGUGCGGGGGCAGUGCUUGAGACUGUCCGCGGUCCCGGGACCAUGCUGACCUUCUCCGGCCCCAAGGUCGCAUCUGGGGGGGACGCCGGCCACAGCGACCGCGCCAUCCCCGUGUCGCGGGAGGAGAAACCCGGCGCUGCCCCCUCAUCCUGAGCUGGGCCUCCCGUCGGCUGCCACCUGCUGCUGCCCCUGCGGCCAUCCAUCGGGGGAGCCCUAGAAAGGGGGCAUUUGUCUUCCUUCUCUUUCCUCUUUCUCGUUUCCUUCUCCUCCUCUCCGAGGGAAUGAGGGUUUGAGGGCGUAGGUUGAGGUGCUGCGACCUCAGGGUGACCCAGACCCCAACACCGGCCAGUUGGUGGGAGUGACAGCCAUCCCAGCCUCGUUAGACAACUGCCCGUCCUCCUGGGGGACGCAGGCCAGCUGUGGCUGACCGAGAGACCAGAGAACAGCCCUGCCGCGCCACCAGGUGCCUCCCAGCCAGCGCAUCUGACAGGGGCAGCAGCACCA